CGUGUCUCCUUUUCCUCAGCCGCUCUAGGAGAGGAUACUUCGGCCAGCUGCGGGGACCUUCUUCUCAAGCUUCACUCGCAGUUCCCUGGAGACAUCGGCUGCUUCGCCAUCUAUUUCCUGAACCUGGUGAAGAUGGAGCCGGGAGAGUGCAUGUUCCUUGCAGCCAAUGAGCCACACGCCUAUCUUCACGGAGACUGCAUUGAGUGCAUGGCCUGUUCCGACAAUACGGUGCGGGCAGGCCUCACGCCCAAGUUCAUCGACGUCCUCACCCUGUGCGAGAUGCUCAACUACACUCCGGCCCCGCCCAGCUCCAAGCUGCUGACCCCCACCCAAAGCCGCAUGGACCCUUGCGUCACCAUCUACGACCCUCCUGUCCCAGACUUUGCUGUCAUGAAGAUCGAGAUACCUUCCACCGUCAAGCUGUAUCUCGUGUCGGCCAUGGACUCGGCCAGCAUCCUGCUGGUGCUCAAGGGAGCGGCUGUGGGCACCUCCACCGCCGCCACCUCAGAGAUGACCCUCCGCCCAGGCACCGUGCUCUUCAUCUCCGCGAACGAGAGCGUCUCCUUGCGCCUCUCCGUGUCGGAGGGGAUGUUGCUGUUCCGGGCCUGCUGCCUCUUAUAACAUGGAAUGCUUUAACCCUC